CGCGCGGUUCGGAUUGUUUUGUUUGCCACUCGGCAGAACGUGUAGUGCGAGCUCAGCAGCUCGUGCACCGCUCCGACGCUGGCCAGUCGGGUUCGGUAAGCGUUCGGGAAGACGCGCGCGUGCGACAUAUACCGGUUGCAGCAGCAGCAGCAGCACCAGCAAGGAAAGGAAGGAUCCGUUCUCGUUCGCAAAGCAGACCAGAAUGAAGCACCUCGGGCACGUUGACGGUUGUGUGCUGCAGCAGUAGUAGCAGGUCGUUCUGGGUUGAUUCUUGUGUGUGAAUGGUGAAACAAAAAGCCCCGCGUAUGUGUUUGAUCCUUGUUUGUGAUUCUUGUGUCGAGAUAGUCUAGCCCUUACCACCUGCUGGUGUUGGAGGAAGGUCGUCCCGUUGUGGAAAGUGCGAGCGACAAUUUGUGUGCGCGUGCCAAGCAUUUGCCAUCUGACGGUGGCCGAAGGUUACACCAGCAUCAUCCUCGAGGAAGUUACGUUUCUUGCCUGAUUGUUCUGCCGAGAGGCUCCAGUGAAGAGUGUGCGGUGGUUUUCUUUGAAUUUGCCCGUUGCCCUUGCCAACGCGUAAGAAGUAGCAAGGGAAUCGUUGAAAGUUUGGAGGGCUUUUUUCUUUUUCUUCUUUUUUUCUCCCCUGCCGGAGUUGUGCGAUUGUGAUGAUGGUGUUGAGAUUUAGUGGCAGGGAGUCGAUAGACGGGCCUGAAGGACAGGAACAUUUUGGCGCCGUUCUGGGGUAAGGUGAAAGCCGUUCCGGGCAGGUGUUCUAAGAGUGCGUACCAAUUCAUCCUGGAUGACGGUGUUUCUGAGUGAUGAGUGUGGAUGUCCGAGUGAUGCUCAGUGUGCAAUGUCCCAUAGUCUAUUGGAUCAUGGCAACCGUAGGCCACAGUGCCAGCAGCAGCGUAGUGUUGUUUUCCGUGUGCUAAUGAAGUACGCAUAGUGAAAUAUCGCAAAGUAGUGUAAAAGUUAACGUUAAGGAAUCUGACAGACCGCAGCGAUGCGUGCCGUGCUGUCUCUAUUUAUUUAAUUUAUUGCAACUAUUUAUGCAAACAUACAAGCUAUCCAAGUGAGAAGUCGUGAUAUCUUCGACAUAACUCUCCGAAGCGAAGGAAGUACCUAGCAUAACCCCCGGAGGCAAUGAUGGCUACCAGACAACGUACCGAUCCGGCCGGAAGUACUCGAGGAGCGGCCCGUAGGCAAUCGACGGCAAGAAUUCGGUCACUGGUGCCGCUGCUUCCACUCGUGCUGGGAUGCUGUUGCAUCACAUUAGCUCACGGUGCCAUGGAAGAGAUGAUGAUAGCCCCCAUAGAAGUAAUCGAGGAAUGGGGCUGCUAUGACACCGAAAUACGGCUGACGUGUGGGAAUCUCGAGUCGAAAAUAGCGAUCCUGGAGGCACGGUUCACUCCCCGGUGCAUGGAGCAGCGUACCGAGAACUGCGUCUAUAUGGACGAACACAGCGUUGCCCAUCCGUUCGCCUCGCAGAAGGUGGACAAGCUGAUCCUGGAGGAAACGGAAGCCGGAAGGCGCUUCCUCGCCACACUGCGGCGCAACCACGAGCGGGAGCAGGAGCAGGAAGCGCCCGAGGACGGCGAACCCGGUACGCGCGAGCUAACAGCGGGCGGUACGAACCGGCGCGAAGGGGCCACGCUGGUCGCCUCCCGCUCGCUGGCCAAAGACAAGCGCAGCUCGCUGCGGGCUACGCUCGAGCACCUGAUAGUGCGCUAUCUGCGCCGGCUCACCAGCGACGACGACGCGGACGGGGACGAUGGGGGCGAAGAGCGCGGCGGAUACGAGGUAGCUGCUCGCUACCGAAGACAAUCGCUUCCGGCGACCGACUCCGGCAGCGUGGGAAACACCCACCGCGUGCCGGACGCGACCAGCAGCACUUCCAGCCCACCGGCGGGCGGAUUCUUCAACUCGAUGGAAAUUACACUGCUCACCAACGAUACCGACACGAACCUGACCGACGGGUGGGACUCGGAUCGUACGGCAGGCCAGCCGCUGGACGGUGGCAGUGCGCCACAGCUGACAGCUGGGGCCGGAGUCGCCGCAGAAGGAUAUGGAUUUUCCGGUCCGUCGGUGUCCGAGCUAGUGGGGGCGCGCGAUGCAGGGGGGAUAGUGGCGGGCGGUGCAAGUGUUAGUGAGGCGCACGGUACGACCGGUGGCAGUGGUGAUGAUGCUGCCAGUGCUAAUGGGAAGAGUGAGUUUCGCGAUAAUGGCGAUGAGGUGGAAUAUAAUCUCCCGAUCGGUGGUAGUGUGCCGGUCGGUGGGGAGAUGGGUGAGCUGAGGCAGCCGAGAAAAAAGCAGGAAAACCCGAAGGGCCGCCGGGGCGGUGAGUGUGACAGCGUGCGGAAGCGGGUAUCGCAGCUGGAUCGGUUCGAGCUGGAGCGGUCGAUGCGCAAUGGCUCCUUCCGGGAGUACAACAUCCGGAAUGCACUCAACUACCGAUGUUCCGGGAAGAACCACUGCAGCUUCAUCUUCUCGCAGGAUCACCCGUUUGCCGUCGUCUGGAAGGAGGGCACGGUGCGCAUCAAGUACAUCUGCAUGGACGACUUUCGCAUCAGCAAGUACUGCGGCGAGCAUCUGAUCGUCGGCAACGAGGUCCACUGGGAGCCGCUGGACGGCGACACGGACGAGGACUCUGGAGGCGACGGAGGCACCAUUGCCGAAACGUACCACCCGAAGACGGCCUUCGGAAGUGCGGAACCACCAGCGGCCGGGGAUGAUGGUGGUAUCGCUAAUGGAGCCGCUAAUGAUGCGCCCGGCCCAGGCUCAGCAGAGCCGUCCUCCGAACGGAACGAGGGCGGUGAAGAUUUGCGAGACGACGAUGAAUCUUUGGCGGUGCUCAGUGAGGGACGCGCUGGGUCUCCGUACCGUCGAUUGGUCAGAGCCGGUGCCGCGGCAGGAGAACCGCGUGCCGAAGCGCUCCAGGCGGCCACGAUACAUUCGUUUCACAAUUUGAAAAUUCUUAAACCCGUCGACGACGAGGAGGCCGAGGAGAACCAGCAAGGUGGUGUGUACGAGCAGCGACAGCAACAGCAUCAAAAGCACCAGGACCAGCAGCAGCAGCAGCAGCAUCGGUACAACGACACUGAAAUGGAUCGCAAUCAGCAGGAGACCGAUGGGGCGACGGCAACCCGCAACCGGAACCGCCAGCGGCAGAAAGUUUUCUCCCAGGACUUUCGAGUACUGAAAAUUCUACCCUCCAAUCUGGACGUGGUGGAGGACAUCAAGCAGAUUGGCAACGAGUACUACUUCAAGAAGGACGUCGAGGUCGUGGUGGACGAUAGCGAGAACGAAAUCGUCGAUAGCGAAGGCGGCAGAAGAAAGGCCGAGCCGAACCAGCCGACGGUGAACUCUGCCGCCACUGCAACGACCGAACUGACGGAGACGCUAGACAUCGUGGUGCUGCCCGCCCCGACGAAGGACAUCGAAAUUUAUGACAACGAGCUGCUGGAGCCCGGCAUCGAGGGCUUGGCGAGCGCACGGCCGGAAGAUGAUAUCAGCGUAAUUGGUUUGAUAACGCCAACGCGACCAGCGGUCACUACUUCAUCCAUGACAGCUGCAUCCGGCGGCGGCAGCAGCACCACCACACCGUCACCAGCGACCGUACCGGUAAGCGUGGAAACUACGCUCGGACAUUGGGACGUCGAUCGGUUGGAUUUGCCCGAAUCGGCGGAAGAAAAUCGGACCAACUUGGCUGCUGGAGUGGACGAAAGCACUCCACCUCCACCGUUCAGCUUCAACAAUCGCACGUUCCAGACGAUACAGGAAACGGUGCGGCAAGAGUUUGGUGAGAGUCAGGGCCCGUUCCCGCCGCUCGGUGGUAACUAUGACGAAGAGGAGGACGAGGAGGAGGAGGAGGACGAUUUCGAUGACGACGAUGAGGCUGAUGCUGAUGAGGGGCGAUAUCGGGGAAGGGGCGGUACCAGGACCUAUGAUGCGAAUGGACGACGGCGGCUCGACAAGUCACACAAAAAGUACAUGAGCGUGCAGCGGACAUUGCUGAAGCAUCCACUGCGCCAGGGCUUCCUGAUGACGCCGAGCUAUCCGAAGUACUACAUCGGGGACAGUACCUGCCGGUGGACGCUCUACGCUGGAGUGCAUCAAAGGAUUAAGCUGACCGUGCUGGACCUAGCAUUACGCUACGACGAAGAGUGUCGAGAUUAUCUGCAAGUAGUCGAUCUCAACACGAACCAGACGCUCUUUCACAGCUGCACCGAGAGCAGCCGUCCGAUCGAGAUCGUCAGCAUACAGGAACGCCUAGAGGUUUCUGUGCGAACGACAACCAAAGUGAUCUAUCCCAAGCGGGGUGUCCUGAUACAUUACACAGCGCUGGGCUGCGAACUACCAUCACCCACGCCCGGGCAUAUGCGGCUCGUGCGAAGAACCGAACAUCGCGUCAAGUACGUCUGUGAUCCGUUGCACGUCUUUCCCGACAGUGGCGAAACCGUCCGCGAGCUGAUCUGCACAGCGAAGCACACCUGGCACCGACCCCUUCCGGCCUGCAUAGAAAAAAGAGCUACCGAAGGCAGCGGUCUUGUGUCACAUUACGAGCAGAAGCGCAGAUACGGCGAUAGUGACAACAUGUCGGAUAAGCAGGCGGACACUGUUUACGAUAUUCUCAUUCCCUCGCUCAUCAUCGCGGGCCUAUUUGUUGUUAAUGGCAUCGUGUUUGCGGUCAUCAUGCGGUACCGCAACAAGAGAAAACAGCGCCUUGAUCUAGAGAGUAAGGAACUGGCCGAACUGUAAGAGUGUGUGUGUGUGAGAGUGUGUAUCGUGCCCUAAGCAUCCCAAAGACCCUUCCACACCACACCCAGCAUCAUCUCUUCGCCAACAAACUGGGAGAGGGGGGCACUGUUGUGGCCAAAACGGAAGCAUGCACGGCCUGAUACACUACACCUACACUUGGUUGGUGCGUUGUUUUGCAUGAGAAGUGCUUGUUGAAGCGAGUGGGAAUGCCACGGCCUACCACAGGCCAUACACCGGCUGAGCCACACACAUUGCUCCUCAUCAUGUUUCCGCUUUCCACAAUCAUUCGCCAAGAUCGCGAGCUCGCGCGCCAUAUAUAUCAUCGCCCCUCUUUUGCUCGGUUAGAACAAUUGUUUUCUCUGUGACACGUCAUUAUGUUAUGUUUCAGUUUUAAGCGUGUUAUAAAAGUGCGUGUUUCGAAUUGAGAGGAAAUUGCAAAUUCGUUUAUUUAACCUUUUUUCUGGGGGGCGGGUGGUCAUCAGCUGAGUGACACCGAAACCACCAUCGUCCGCACAACACCGGCACAGCGCCUCCAAAGCUAAGAUGGUGAAACACUAGGAAUGGUGUGUAGAGUACGCGCGUGCUUGAACGACGACACCGAAGAGAAAAGCCCGUUAGGAUUCAAACAUUCAAAAAUAGGAUAACUUCCGGAAGCGAUGUUUUUAGGCUACAUUUGUGAUUUAGCGGAGUACAGUGCAUCUGGGACGUCAUUAAUUCACAUUCAUUCAUUGAUUCGCUCAUCAACACGAGAGACUAAGAAGAUGAUUUGUUUUUUUUUUUUUUUUUUUGUGGAAAA